AUGGCCAUGAGAACCAAAGGCGGUGAGCAAGUUGUAUUUCAAGCCCUUAAUCGUGCCCAGGAGUUGUACAAAAAUAAAGUACAGGAAAGUGUGGCUGCAGAUGAGCUGGCUUCUUUAUUUGCUGAGUGUGCCAUUGCUGAGGCCAUGCCUCCCGUAUCCCAGCCUUCUGAACAUAAUACAGUGGAUAAACCAAUUGAAGUAGAUGUUGAUGGAAAUUCAAUAUUAGCUGAAACUGGCACAAAACAGAUAAUGCUUGAUGCAUUCUCUGAUGGAACCAACUUUGUCUUCUUACACUGUGGGGGUCUAGUUAGUGCGCACCGCAAAGAAGAGCACUACUCAUUCUGGUUUUGCAAAAUGUGA